AUUACAGAUUUCGGUUUGAGUUUUCAAGUGGUCUUGCAGCUUUAAAAAGGUUCUCUUUAUCGUCAGGAGCUAAUCAUGACGCCUGAAGAAAGCAGCAACUUCUGGAAAGAAAAUAUCAAGAAAUCCGAGGAUAGUCACAAACGCCACUUGACCACCAAGAUGUGCAAGCAGAGCCGGUUCCCGUUCACUGAUCAGCUCUCUGCACAACAGAUGGUCUGCAUGAGAGACACCUAUGCCGGCCACCGGAGGUUCACGUCAGCAGAAAAGUUCCGUGUGGUUCCCGUGUUGGCAAACUCCAUCUACGGGCACCGACCUUACAGCCUGGACUAUCUCAGCGGGCAACAUUCACGCUACAGUCAGCUCAAGAGAGAAGUCUACAGCAGGAACAACAUCAAGUGUCUCUCUCUACCCCCUGACAGACCAGCUCAGCCUCAGCCCAGUGGCCUCUGGUGACCUUAGAGUUACAGCCCAGUUUGCCCUCAGCAGAAUCAGUAGCGCACUCUGUGGUCAUCAAUGUCAGUGCAUGUCGAUCUCUAAAGCAUGUAUUGUAAUUACUAUUACACUAUUAUUAUCAACGUGCUCAUUAUGUGUUUUAAUUUUUAAAAAUAUGUGUAGAAAUCGAACCUUUACUGAAAAUUAAAGGAUCUCGGACAUUUCACUCUGAAAGAAAUACUUGAUUACAGUUUUAACAAAAAUCAUUACAUUGAGGCUAACGUGUUACACUAAUAAAUGUGUGCAAUACAGGUCACUAUUAUGCGUACCUGUUUUUCAUUGCGUCAAUUUGAUAAAAAUGGUCACGGGACCAAAAAAAACAAACAAAAAAACCCACCAAACAGCCCAAAAAAAAAACAACACUACUCCGCCUGUGUACACAGCCAAUAAAAUUUAAUAGUGAAUUGUGGUAUAAUCCAAGUUUAUUCUGGACCACAAACGUCCGUAAAAUUCCUCCUCUAUUUAAUCUGCUUGCCUCAAAUAAACAUAGAACUAAUCAAAGCUGAAUGAUCCAAACAAAUAACAAUCAGAUUAAUUAAAAACAACAAGGACUGGCUG